GAGGCCGUGCGGCGCGCAUAGGCAGAAAAGCUGUGGCUCACGGGGCGGCAACUUUUGCGCGUCCUCCCUGAUCCUAGGGUUCACGCCGAUUUUCGCAGCUCUUCGGCGGGCGAGAGACCGCUGGGCUCUGCACUCAGGCCGUCAACGCCUUCCGUAACUGAGCAGAGCGAGGGUGAGCGCCCAGCCGGGUCCCACCAUGGCCGCGAACUAUUCCAGUACGACUAACAGGAGAGAACAUGUCAAAACGACAACCAACCCGCAGCCAGGCUUCUUGGAACGGCUCAGCGAGACCUCGGGUGGGAUGUUUGUGGGGCUCAUGACCUUCCUGCUCUCCUUCUACUUAAUUUUCACCAAUGAGGGCCGUGCAUUGAAGACAGCAACCUCCCUGGCUGAGGGGCUGUCACUUGUUGUGUCCCCUGAGAGCAUCCACAGUGUGGCCCCGGAGAACGAGGGGAGGCUGGUGCACAUCAUUGGGGCCCUGCGGACGUCCAAGCUCUUGUCUGAUCCAAACUAUGGGGUCCACCUUCCGGCUGUGAAGCUGCGACGGCACGUGGAGAUGUACCAGUGGGUGGAGACCGAGGAGUCCAGGGAGUACACCGAAGAUGGGCAGGUGAAGACAGAGACAAGGUACUCCUACAACACCGAAUGGAGGUCAGAAAUCGUCAACAGCAGAAACUUCGACCGAGAGAUUGGCCACAAGAACCCCAGCGCGAUGGCGGUGGAGUCGUUCACGGCAACAGCCCCCUUCGUCCAGAUUGGCAGAUUCUUCCUCUCGGCAGGCCUCAUCGACAAAGUUGACAACUUCAAACCGCUGAGCCUGUCCAAGCUGGAGGACCCGCACGUGGACAUCAUUCGCCGGGGAGACUACUUCUACCACAGCGAAAACCCCAAGUAUCCGGAGGUCGGAGACCUGCGCGUGUCCUUUUCCUACGCUGGGCUGAGCGGCGAUGACCCUGACCUGGGCCCAGCUCACGUGGUCACUGUGAUCGCCCGGCAGCGGGGUGACCAGCUGCUCCCCUACUCCACCAAGUCUGGGGACACUUUGCUUCUCCUGCACCACGGGGACUUCUCAGCAGAGGAGGUGUUUCAUAGAGAACGGAAGAGCAACUCCGUGAAGACGUGGGGCUUGCGGGCCGCUGGCUGGAUGGCCAUGUUUAUGGGCCUCAACCUCAUGACCCGGAUUCUCUACACCCUGGUGGACUGGUUCCCCGUCUUCCGAGACCUGGUCAACAUCGGCCUGAAAGCCUUUGCGUUCUGCGUGGCCACCUCGCUGACCCUGCUGACCGUGGCCGCCGGCUGGCUCUUCUACCGGCCCCUGUGGGCCCUCUUCAUCGGCUCGCUGGCCCUGGUGCCCAUCAUCAUUGCUCGGACACGGGUGCCAGCCAAGAAGCUCGAGUGACUCCGGCCUGGCGCCCGCCCCCCACCUGCGUGAUCCUCAGGAUCCGGCCCCCCCGCCCCCCCCUUGACCCCGAGUCAGUCUUGGACUCCACGUCUGCUCCACUGGUCGAGGGGCCAGACUUGGCAGUGUGCGUGCCUGUCAGGUCUGGCGCUCACCGCUUCACGUCCUGCCCGCCCUUUUGCUUGCCCGUGGGCGGCCCUGUGAGCAGAAGGCAGCUCCUGCCUGGCGGUGACCUGCGUUCUCCCUGCUUCCUUCCCUUCUCUCGGGACCAUGUCACGUGUGUCGCUUCGCUGAAGUCUGCCGACAGGGAGGUGGUAACACGCCGCACAGACCUGCCGCCCGAUCGCUCGCUGCCCCUCCUCUGCCACAGCUGCCCCCCACUCCGUGAGCCCACGGGGCCAGCUCGGCUCUCUCUGCGCAGUGCCAUGGGGGCCACACCCCAGCCUGGGCAUAGGACCCGCCUCGGUACUUAAAACAGAGGAACACCACUGAGGUCAUGGUGAGGGACAUUGGACGUUCGUUGGGCUUGACAUGUAUUUUAUGGUUUGGCCAGAAACUUCUUCGUGUGUAGGAUUUCCAGAGGUCCCGUCGGCAGUGUUGGCCUGUGUUACGCUCCGUGGGUUUUCUCCUGCCUGAGGAGGGACUUGUUUCCAAUCCGCUUUAAAGAAACAAAGCGCUGCUUGAAUGAUGAGUUCAGACUGUUACAGAAAACUCCUUUUCAUCUGUCCGUUGGCGUUAAUGGAAGGUAUUCAACAGGGCUGUGACUCACGGGUUUAAAAGAAGUUACCUCUGUCAGUGCUCAGCUUGGAGAUGCUUUUGAAGCCAGCGUUAGCCAAGGGACUGCACUCUGGGGGGAGACGGGAAUUGGUACGAGGCGGAGAAAGGCAUCUCCUUUCAUCCUCUGGCAGCAGAAACUGCCGAUUCCCUUGCAGAUGAAUUGAGUUUUUAGCCAACCCUGAAAGGAAAGCUUUCUGACCCUGAGUGGGCUCCCCCAUAGUGACCCCCAUUAACCUGAAGUAGGAACCUCCCGGAGGCCUGAGGCUUGUGUCGCUCUCAGGCCUCAUUCCUUUCAUGGGGGGGGCUUCACGUUGGCCGCUGGGCCCGGGCGCCCGCCUCCGAGUGACUCCUGUCACGUCCCCGUCUGCGGCUUCACGCCCACGUACAGUCCACCUGCGCUGCACCCCAUUCCCUCUCGCCCCUGCUGAAGACCAAGUACGCUGUCACCUUGGUGGUUAGAAGAUCCUUCGUGUACCGUGUAUCUUUUUAGGACCUGGACUUGUUCUGCCUGGCUGGGAGUGGCUGCUCUCGCAGGUUAGCUGGUGGUUCGGCGAUCGGACCCUGCAGCAGCAGCCUAGCCGUUUCGCGCUAGCCUGCGAGGCCUGCGGGGCGGCUGAAGAUUCUUCACGCUGACAGCAGCCCGCCCAGAGAGGACUCACCUGGACUUCAGAACCGAAACAGUAUUCACUACUGCAGUUGUCACCGCAUCUCUCGACUCUUAAAGGAUGCUUCUGGAGAACAGUACAACUAGGUGGUGGCUACAUACAAAAUCUGUGGGAUUUGGUUUGUGCGACUUUUUCUAGUACAGAUUUUAAAUUACUACAAAUUUCAGUAUGUUUUUAAAGAGCAAAAGAAUGUUAAAUAUUUGAAGUCUGGGAAAUCAUGAAAUUUGUAUUAUCUUUGUAUUUUUGGAUAAAAAUUGAAAAUAAAUUUUUUGAUAGCUUUUAUAGGAUCUUGCCAUUACUUUUUUGAAAUUUCUAUCUUAAAGUUUGGCCAUGGAACUGAUUAAAAACCAUAUGAAUUUUUAGGAUUCAGUUCUAAGUACCUUUAGUGGUUAAAAUAGGUUUCAAUUUUUCUUAAAAGGGCAAUUUGAUAUUUUUAGCACUUAGAAGCCUUACCUACCAAAGCCCACUUUGUUUUGGACUGAUUGAAAGGACUCAAACCUCCCCCAGCUUCAGAAUGCGUCAGAAGAGGUGGCUGCAGCCACAAGGGGACACCAUGCGACAGCACCCCCUCUCCCCCGGGCUUUAGGUUGGCAGAGACCCCAGUUCCAGCCCCAAGCCUGCCACCGCCUGGCUGUGUGACAGUGGCCAGUCUGCGAUCUCUGGGUCUCAGCUUCCUCAUCUAGAAAAGGGUGAUGAUGCUUUCCUCCCUUCGGCGCGGCGAGGCCUCUGAGCUCAAGCCCACGCAAUGCCUGCCGGAUGGCACGGGAGCUUUUCCCUUUUGCCUCCUGUUCGGAAGCAGUGGGCAGCUGCUGUCCACCCUGGAGCUGACAAUUUGUGUACUUUUUGUGACAAGAUCUGAAGCAGGUGAUUUCCCAAAACCUUCUCUUCUCAGACCUGAGGUUCAGUUCCAUGACGCCUGCAAGGCGGACAUCUGCCCGAGUGACAAGUUGCUUACUUCCAGGCAAGAGUGGGCUAUGGUGCGGAAGCCGAGGCCCCGUGGUUUCCGUGGCAACCCCGUUUGUUUCUCAACACCAGCCCUCCGGCCAAGCCCUGGCGGCAGAUGAGUCACGCCCCAAGUGUUUUGUUUGUUUCCCUUGGAUGGAACUGGCUCAUAUUUUUAAUGGCUCCCGUCCGAGGUUAAGUAACGUCUCUCCUCACUUAAACGUAGGAAGAUUUCCACGCGUGGAAUGAUGAGUUCCCGGUCUGCCUGAGAACAAAACCUGUCUUAAGUCUCAACAUGGGCGCACAUCACUGUCAUGCGGGCAUGUUCUGAGCUGACCAUAAAUCUGGAAGAAAACGCACGGCUUAGUCUUUUUAGAUAAAUGUUUUAUUUUUUCCUCAAAAUGUUAUAAAAGUUGUUUCUCCUGAAUAUCUACAAUGCAUAGAGCUUUUAUAAACUUAUCCAUAAUGAAUAAAAUCUAGUUGAACAC